AGAAACGAGAACAUAAUAGAUUUCGCACGGACAACACGGAUCACGUGAUCGACGUGCAGAUCGGCGACAGGGUGAACAUCAUGUGUCCCCACUACCCACGUGACUUCCCAAAAGAGCUCGCCGAAACUCACAUCAUCUAUCAGGUGACGAAAGAGGAGUACGUAUCAUGCAGGAUCCCGCAGCGGAACAUCAGCCACAAGAUCACGCGACAGAUCCUCACCUGCGACAAACCCGAGGGACACAACUUCUACACGAUCACCUUCAGAGAAUUCACACCGAUCCCGAUGGGACUAGAAUUCAAACGAGGAAUGGACUACUACUAUAUAUCAACAUCCAGCGGCAAGCCGAAAGGAUUGAAGAACCUGAGCGGAGGAAGCUGUCGAGAAAACAACAUGCGACUCAUCUUCAAAGUCUGCUGCAACUCAGAGUUGAGUACGGGUGCUGAGGAAGAAGAGAGCGUAGAUGAACAGACUCCUACUCAUAGAGUGCGCCACCGUCACAACCAACGCGAGGGCGAGGAUACACCGAACUCUUCCCACGACGAGAAGUCCGUGACGCAGCCAAGCUCUAUCAGGGGCCGAGUGACGUCACUGCCCGCAGAAUCGACAACGAGGAAGAAGUAUCAUGAAGUGGAGAUCAGAGAGAAUGAGGUUUCCCCGGAGGCCGGCGCUUACUUCAACACGGCUAGCUCACUACACACGUUACCCACUAUCGCCAACGUUGUCGUCAUCACCGGUCUGCUUUCAUUCUGCGCAAGAAUGUUGCAUUUGUCAUCGUAGUCGUAUGUGAUACCUUUUGUAUUAGCUCUGCAGCAAUCGCCUGGAAACUUGAUUGCUACUAGCCAUUUCAUUUUGGCGCGGUAAAAGUCUGAAAGCGUGCGCGCGCCAGCUGACAGUAAAAGCAUUUAAGAUGAAAGGAAAACAGGCGGGCGUUAUUACCCAUUGCGUUUUCCUGAAGAAAUAAAUGGAUGUUUUAGACCUUACUAUUAAAGGUGUGGUUUUCCACCUUAACACGACGAAAUUGCGCCUAGCCACAUGUAGCGCAAAGACUCACACAGAGUGGCAGGAUGCGCCGGUGGCUAAUUUAAGAUGAACCUACAAGACUCGCAUGAUGGCAUGACUACUUCACACAUGGCUAUUGUAAUAUCUCACGCGCGCAUAUUUGUGGGCCACGCGACUUGCAAACUUCGUCGAGCGAGGGGAGAAAUUCCGUUUUCAAACGCGAACCGAUCGAUGAACGUGUGGUACAAAUAGGAAAUAUAUUUUACUGGUUUCCAGGCACCGAUGGCAGAACCAUUGUGUAGAUUAUGGACCAAUCGGGCUCAGAUGAUGCACUGAGAUGAUUGUGAUUGGUUGACUGUAUUGUGAUUCAUGUAUAGUUAUCGUUGAGUUUGUAUGUUGGUUGUUCUUAGGUUUAAUGGUAAUUAAAAUGGCUCACCAGGUAGAAACACGAGAACAGCUGUGUGCUGACUCUGCCUGACUAGUUAUCAGGGGCAGCACUGUACGUGUUCUAUCUAUUUAGCCCAGUAUUUUUUGUAAGAAAAUAGUAAAAACUCCGCUACGAUAAUAUAAUAACGGUUGAGUUCUUAACAGUUUCGAAUUCGUAUUCUGUAAAUAGGGACGAUAGUCAUAGUAAUAUUAAUAAUACUUAAUAUUAUAGGCUAUGAAGCAUGAUCAUAAUUUUGUGUGGAUUUUCUAGCACUUGAUCACUGCCUAAUUGAAUGUUAUCUUCUACUGGACCGCCAAUGUUUGGUGCUAAUGGUGGCUGCGUGUAGGAUAUUAUUACAUGCCAACUUUCCAGAAGAGAUGGUAGAAAAAAUUAUAUAUUAUAUUACUGUGACUCGCGCUUGUUACAUGACUCCAGCUUUUAGAUCAGUAUUUUCGCAGAAUUGAACACGGUAAAAGUUGUAAAAUAGCGAGAAAAUGUUGAAAAGUCUUAUAUCAUAUAUGCUCGUGUAUAAAUUGCUGUAAAUAGCUUGCUUUACUGCAGUAGCGAUGUGCUUUGUGCCGUAUGCUCAUUUAAAUUUUAUAUCAUGUGAUACCAUUCACUGGAGUGCGUGUACGUGUGUGCGCACGGUAUCACGUGGAUGGUAUUUGACUAGAUGUGGGGUUGGAGGGAGUUGCCUCUUCAUACUUUGUGAGAAAACGUAAGAGCUCGAGUGUCCCCGACAUACAGGCGAUCGAUUAUCGGAAAUCAACCAAUCGACCGCUAAAUUAAAAUUUCUUGUUAUUUCGGCAUUUAGUAACUGUUUCGCUGGUAAAACUAACCGUUUAGGCUUGGCCGUUGAUAGACCGGCAUUAUAGAAACGCAGAAGCGGCGGUGGCGCAGCGCGGUGCAACGCGCAAGUUGCUAGGAUGAUAAUGCAGCUUCUCACGUUGCUGCUCUCUCGCAAAUUAAAUUUUGCUCACACGAACCUAUCCUAAACCAGAGAUCAGAUUUCAAUCGAUAUCAGCCGCCAUGUUGACACUGAUAUGUGAGUGGGAGAACCUGUAGACGUAUUAUAUUUAUAAUGAAUAUUAACAAUAAUUAUUAUCGAUAGGCAGAGGAGAACUGACGAAGGCAUUGUAAUGGUGAAUAGACAUUGUUCCUCCAAGAGUGGAUAGAACGGGAGGUAGUCCAUGCUUAGUUUCCAAGUAAAAAUGUGCCAUUUCCUAGUUUCCGGUUGAUCGCAAUGUCGGCUUUCCCGCGUUCCGGUUGACUUCUAUUCCCGAAUCACGAAAAAUUUAUCCGGUAUUUUCAGGAUUCCAAAUAAUUAACACGGUCCAAUUCCGCGUCCCGAAAAUAACAGCCCCCCCCCCUCUUUCAAGCUGCUGGCAUAAUCCCUGCGCGGAUUUGUUAAAAUGACGCAUCCAGAUACAAGGAAGUAACCAUGUUUAGAAGUUUGAGCUUAUUUUUCUAUAAUUGCUAAAAAGCUAAUACCUUUCCACUGGGAAUCACCACACGCCAUUUUUUAUAUUUAUCAGCAAGGAGUUUGUUAUGAUAGUGGCAAAUAUAACGUUGCUGUCUGACGUGGUUCACACACUGAAUCUAUAGGCAGUUUUGUGAUUGAAAGUAGAUAUCUACAGAACAACAAGAUUUUCUUUAUUUUGUUUGUUAGUGUGUCUUCGGGAUAUGAGCGCAAACACGUGUUAAUGUGGGCUGGCUAUAGUUAUUAUCAGAAGUAGAUAAUAGGGAAAAUUCCCUAUUAUCUACUUCUGUUAUUAUCGUAUAGUUUUACCAUCGUACUCAAAAGUGAAUGAGCUCAUUUUAGCAGUGGUAGUACAUCGAUAUAGACCGGCGUAUCCACACAUCAUACGGCUUUCAUGCACGAGCCAUCUUGCUUAGAAUUAGGCGAGCUAACCACGGUGAAAAGAAAUGAUUUCUAAAUGCGAUAGGUAGCUGAUAAUUUAAGCCGUGGUCGCCGAUGCAUUGAAUUAUAUUACGGCGGUUAAAAUGGGCAAUUCUGAGUAGAAUUCCCGACCGUAAUGCCGUGCUGAUGCGUGUGGCCUAGCAUAAUUGUACAGAUUUUCCAUGUCCUAGAGUAAUAUUGCGUGCGGAUUUAUGUCAUCCGUAAUCCAGUUUCAUUUAGUAUGGAAGGAUUUUUGUAAUCGUAAAGACGUUUUGCACUUAACAAGGACCCUAACGGUUCGGAAAUUAAUCCGGAAUAAUGAGUUAUUGAAUGCAGAAAUGCGCAGACAUUGAAAGCAGAAAUGCAGCGUGCGGCUCCGUAUAUAUACGCAUGUGCGUGAAUCCGUAAGCAAUUUUAGAACCUUUGUUUGAGAAAUUGGCAAAGUCGAGCCAGAAAAAUAGCAGUUGGAAAAGAUCCAGGAAUAUUUCCUAGCUUCCCUCUGCUCGAGCCAGCGCACGCUGCAAGCCAAUCUGUAUACAAUGUUGCCGCAUGCCACGACUCGUUACCAACUCUCUCUCUCUCUCUCUCUCUCUCUCUCUCGCAAUUUUGUGCAACAAUUAUGAGAUAAUGGGGAAGCAUUUGAUGCCGCUGCUGCGACCUCUAAUUGCGUUUCUUAUCUGAUGAGACGACUUGUGCAAACCGACGAGAUCUCGAUGAAUGCAUGCCUCCGCCGUUUACUCAAAUUUAUUCAUGCACUGGCGGCAUUUUGAUGCUUGUUGCGGGAGACAUUAAUCGUGCAGGAUUAGGGACUACAGUAGUGAUGUUGGCUGUCAUGUCUCGUGCGUACGUUUCUACGCGAUCAUGAAUCAUGUGAGAUGGUCAAAGAUGGCGGGCGAGACUACCUGGACGAAAGGUCGAAUCAGGAUUAUUUAUUUUCUGAGAUUUUGUACAUAUCUUGUACAUAAUAAUAAUGUGAAAUAUACAGUAAUAAAUGUAUAAUAGUUCUUAAAAAAAAUAA